CAAAGCGAGGCGGUUCACACUCGCACUUCCGUGUUUGUCCCGUUGGCAGGGAGCAGCGCCGAGAAACAGGAAGCAGGCGCCGCGUAAUCUGGAGGCUGUAAUCUGCGUCCGCGCGGCUCCAGGUGGCCCCGCAGCCGAUCAUCUGACGCCCCGGGUUAACGCAAUGUGCGGACUGCUGCUGCGAGCCGGACACAGCAGCGGCUAACGGUGUGUGUGACAGUGUGUGUGUGUGUGUGAGUGUGUGUGUGUGUGUGUAGCCGCUGACAGGAGCGGAGCUGCGGCUUCAGCUCGGAGGACUGACCGCUGUGUGACACCCAGCCUCGGGCACCGGGACCGGGACCGGGACCCCAGCCGAGCCGAGCCGAGCCGAGCCGAGCCGCCUUCAGGAGCCACAGAGCCGGACCCGCCGCAUGGAGGCUCGCUAACCAACUAACCAGCUAACCAGCUCACUAACUAACCCACCGGAACACACAGGAACUGCGGCACAGCCCGACAAUGCCAGCCGGAGUGUGUGGCUGCUGUGGGCCGCUGAGGCCGAGGUACAAACGCCUGGUGGACAACAUCUUCCCCGAGGACCCCAAAGAUGGCCUGAGUAAGUCGGACAUGGAGAAGCUGACCUUCUAUGCCGUGUCGGCUCCAGAGAAGCUGGACAGGAUCGGAGCGUACCUGGCAGAGAGGCUGAGCCGAGACGUGGUGCGACACCGCUACGGGUACGUGGUGAUCGCCAUGGAGGCUCUGGACCAGCUGCUGAUGGCCUGCCACUCCCAGAGCAUCAAGCCCUUCGUGGAGAGUUUCCUCCACAUGGUGGCCAAGCUGCUGGAGUCCAGAGAGCCGGACCUGCAGGUGCUGGGAACAAACUCGUUUGUCAAGUUUGCCAACAUCGAGGAGGACACGCCGUCCUACCACCGCCGCUACGACUUCUUCGUCUCCCAGUUCAGCGCCAUGUGCCACUCGACUCACGAAGACACCGAGACCCGGACCAGGAUCCGGGUGGCGGGCAUUAAGGGCCUGCAGGGCGUGGUGAGGAAGACGGUGAACGACGAGCUGCAGGCGAUCAUCUGGGAGCCGCAGCACAUGGACAAACUGAUCCCGUCCAUGCUGUUCAACAUGCAGGACGCAGACGACCUGGACAGGGCGGGCCACCCCAGCUCGCCCUCGGGGGCGGGGCAGGAUGGCGAGGAGAACCCGGCGGCGCUGGCGGAGAGCUGCUUCAGGGAGCUGCUGGGCCGAGCCGCCUACGGCAACAUGAACAACGCCGUGCGGCCCGUGUUGGUUCACCUGGACAACCACCGGCUCUGGGAUCCGAACGAGUUCGCCGUCUCCUGCUUCAGGAUCAUCAUGUACUCCAUCCAGGCUCAGCAUUCCCACCACGUCAUCCAGCAGGUUUUGGGCCACUUGGACGCCCACAACAAGAACACGCCGCGGGUUCGAGCCGGCAUCGUCCAGGUCCUUCUGGAGACGGUCGCCAUCGCCGCCAAAGGCUCCGUGGGCCCCACGGUGCUCGAGGUGUUUAACACCCUCCUGAAACACCUCAGGAUGAGCGUGGACUUUGAGCUGGGCGAAAGCUCCAGACGAAACUCCGCCUCCAGCGUCUCGUCUGGCCGCUCCAAGGAGAGCGAGGAGCGCAUCGUGCAGAACGCCAUCAUCCAGACCAUCGGCUUCUUCGGAGGAAACCUGCCAGACUACCAGCGGGCCGAGGUCAUGAUGUUCAUCAUGGGCAAGGUGCCGGUCUACGGGACCCCCUGCCACACGUUGGACACCGUCAAAAUCGGGCAUCACGGCACCAAGCGCAUCCAGACCAUGCUGCUCAGCUCCCUCAUCAUGGUAACCUCCGGCUUCAAGUCCAAGACGAUGGCGGCUGCGUUGCCUCCUCCCUUCCUGGACCCUCUCUUCUCCAUUUCUCUGAUGGAGGACAGCGAGCUGAGGCAGCUGGUGCUCGAGAUCCUGCACAACAUCAUCGACCGCCAUGACAACCGCGCCAAACUCCGCGGCAUCAGAAUCAUCCCAAAUGUCGCCGCAUUGAAGAUCAAGAGAGAGAAAAUUUCCAAGCAAGAUGUUGCGUUCAUGAAAAAGCACGGUCAGCAGCUCUACCGCCACAUCUAUCUCGGCUCCAAGGAGGAGGAUAACGUCCAUAAGAACUUUGAGCUGCUCUUCACCACGCUGGCCGUCCUGACCAUCGAGCUGGCCAACGAGGAGGUGGUCAUCGACCUCAUCCGGCUCGCCAUCGCUCUCCAGGAAAUGGCUCUGGUGAACGAGGAGAACAUGCCGAUGUUUAUCCGCUGUGGCAUCAUGGCCUUGGUGGCAGCUUACCUCAACUUCCUCAGCCAGAUGAUCGCCAACCCGCCGUUCUGUCAGCACGUCAGCAAGGUGAUCGAGCUGAGGAACAUGGAUGCCCCAUACCUGCUGCCAGAACACAUCUUCAGAGACAAGUGUCCGCUCCCUGAAUCCCUGGAUAAGGAGGACAGAGUCUUGUACUUCCAGACAGCCGACAUGGCAGAGUGCUUGGCCGGUCCAGGAUACAACGCAGAGAGACUCUCCAUCCCCUAUGUGCCCCAGGUCACAGUGCUUUACACAGUAGGCAAGAUCAUCCACAGGUGCAAGCAGACAUCCAGAGACCGUCUGACCAGGAGGAAGAGUUUUGUGGACACCAUCUCCCUGCAGGUGGACAUCGUGUCCAACAACCUGCCGGACAAGUCCCAGCUGGCGGAGGAGAUCACGUUCGAGACCCUGAAGAAGGCCAUAGAUACGACGGGCCUGGAGGAGCAGGAGAGGGAGAAGAGGCGUCAGGUGAUGGAGAAGUUCCAGAAAGCUCCGUUUGAAGAGAUCGCCGCGCACUGCGAGUCCAAGGCAAACAUGCUGCACGACCGGCUGGCCCAAAUCUUUGAGCUUACAAUUCGGCCUCCUCCCAGCCCGUCCGGAGUGGUCUCCAUCUCGGCGGGACACACGCAGCACCAGUCGGUCCCCGUCUACGAGAUGAAGUUCCCUGACCUGUGUGUCUACUGACGGCCGGACACACCCCACGACGCCUGAGUCCACACAAAACACACCGCCACUAAUCGCUGGGAUGCAAACAAACAUGCUGAUUUUUUUUUUUUUUUUUUUCAUAAAAUUACAUCCCUGAUGCGUGCUGCAGUCUUUUCCAUUUCAGAUCGAUAAGAGGGAUGUAACUCAGAACACAAAAAUGCAGCAAAAAUAACGGCGAUUUAUAAUUGGAAUUGAUCGAUAGGUGAAAGGUGAAAACAUGAUUUCUUCACGUCUGAAAAAUCUUGUCUGUUUGGUGCGCUCAUAAUCACAUCCACCGCUCCCAAACUCCUGAAGAUUCUCCAGUGCAUCUCCCGCUGAGGUGCGCUCGUUUCCAAAAGUGGAGACACGACUUGUGAAUCCAAACACAACAUUUCCACAUUUUCAGAAAUCUUCUCACCCGCGAUGAACCUGUUCCUCCUAAAUACUCGUCUCUUAGUAAGAUCCUCCUCCUGCUUUGGCUUUCUAGAGCAAAAUCUAACCAGCGAUAAUGAACCAAAACUCCACAUCGCCACACUUUGUUUCCUAAAUCACAGCCUUGAAACUAAACUUGACUUCGAGUCGCCAUGAACAAAAACAAAAAUCGAACAGCUUCCACUCAGACGUCACAGUAUUUUAAUCCUGAAUCCGAUUCAGUCCGGAGUUGCUGCUCAGCAUGACCGUGACCCAGCUGGCUUUACCGGCAUAAACUUUACUCUGUAAUCUCUGUUCUAGCCAAAGCGACACACCUUGUACAUACACUGUAGUCUGAGAACUGAACCCGUGCAGAAAUGACCAAACCCGUGUUCAGACGUCACCCCUGGAGCUGGUUUCGGCUGCGGCCCUCAUGCCUGUAAGAGCCAGCUUAUGCCUUUUGUCGUAUCGAGCACUCGGCCUCAGUGCACUCACUAAUUAGAGGAAAUCUAUUUUAGCUGCCAGCUAGAAAAAGUGACACAUUCUCAUUGGUGGUAGAAGGCAGAUUAGUGUCUGGCUAAUGUGAUGCAUUUCAGCCUCUAUUAGCCCGUGACCAGCCACAACCCCGUGUGCUUCGCCCGCCGGUUCGAUCCAAAUGCUAUUUAAAAGAACACAGGUAUAGGACAUUAGCUCUUAGUGUGCAGCAACCAGCCUAGUCUCAUGUUAGGGAGAUGAAGUGAUAGCAAUACUGUGCUGUGGACACUAGGUCAUGUACUGCAUGGCAUCAAGACUCCAAAAGAUGAGCAAACGAGAAGAAACAUUCAUUUAACUAAAACACCACUCAACAGCAGAGACUCGCUCUUGGUUGGUCGUCACGUCAUGCUGUGUUCCAGAGAUGCUGGGAAUUUGGAAAUUCAGACUUUUUGCUUAGAAACAUGCAGCAGAAACAGAUUGUGUCAGGUGGAAGACUAAAAGCCUUCAACAAGAAACACAGGGACUCUUUUAGACUGUCUUCUUUACUUUGAAAAAAUAUGAAAAAUAUUUAUCCAACAUGGUUUUGGUCCUAAGACGUUCAUCAGGUUGUCUUCAGACGGCCCGAUGAACGUCUGAGCACCAAAACAUGAUGGAAGAUGGUGUUUUUUUCCAGGUUGGAGCACAGGAACACACUGAGGUGAAUUCUGGGGGAAUUUCCAAGUUUCUGAGUUGUACUGGAACGCAGCAUUUUUCUUGCUCUCUUUGCAGUUGAAUUUCAAAAACCAAAAUCUGAUGUUUCGUCGGACGCGGUGCUGUCAGCCUGCCGCCGCCCGGCCGGCAGAGCCGUGUCCCAACCAGGCAAAAGAAACCGGUCAAAAUGCUUUGGCGGAAAUUUUGGAGCUUUCGUGUUUGACGUUUUUCAGGAAGCCGUGUUGAAUAAAAAACUUUUGUGAAAAUGUUGAGGUUUUCCUCAGCACCGACAUGAUUCAGGAAGAAAAACACGAAUUAAAGAGUUUCAUUCCAAACAGAGAAGAAGAAACAGCACGAAAUUCACAAACUGUGUUUCUUGUUGUUAUUAUCAUUUUUAUUGAGGACAGUCAGCAGGUUAUGUCCAUCAGUUUUGCUGUUUGGUUUGUUUUAAAGACGUUGAUGCUGAAGCAGACGUAGAAAUAAAUUCAGUUCCAAAAUGAUGCAUUCACAUUUGACAAAUCUAAAAUCUAAGUGAUUGCUAGCAUAAAAAUAAAGCUCCCUGCAGAAUAAUAAUGAAGUUAUUAGCUAAAAAAGGCUCCAUCACUUUAAAUAUUUAAAGAAUUGUUUCCAAAAAAAAUAAGAUCUCUACCAUGAAAUGAAAGAUCCUGACCAACUGAUGCACAGCGGACAGAAACAACAAAAAACAUGACAUUCUGCAGCCUGGGUCUACUUUAUUUCAUAUUGACUCGGGCUAAGUUUGUCUUUGAUCUGCACGCUGAGAGCGUAGGAACAGAAACCUUCAGCGUUGGACUCUGAGAUUUGGAAUGAAACCCUUUAAAUCGUGACCUUAGGACAGAGGAUUCAGAUGAAAUGUGAAUGUCCCUGUCCUUCAGAAACUCUCAGAACCAGCAGGUUUAUAUGAAAUAUGAGCACAAAAAAUACUGAGUGGGUUUUUGUACAGCGUAACACAGCACAGCUUUAAUUCUCGCUGAGGGAUUUCAGCUGCAUCAGAGGGACUUUUUCCCACAUAUGACAUUUCUUUCUCCAGUGUUUGGCUGUACGUGCACUUUGGCUUCACGUGGUAGUUUGUAGUAGCGGGUGGUUCAGAUGUUCAUGUCGUCAUGCGUAGUGCUAGUGGCAGAGCUUGUUACCGUUUGCGUUUUAGCUCCAGAUCUCUCCUGGCGAUACUGUAAAGGCCUCUGCUUCUCGUGGAAUUAGAUGUAGUCGUGCGUCGUGACUUGGUGACUCUCCUGUGCCGCGCGCGGUUGGGAUGGUUCGCCGCGGGCGUCUCCAACCCGAGCGGCAGGACUUUUCCUUCACAGCUCUGUUGGCAGCAUCUAGAAAAACCAAAACACUUUCGUUGCCAAAGAGAGAAGUUGUUUUUCCCCCCGUCCUUCCUCCUCUCAAAAUGUCUUAAUAGUCAGUAAAUGGAAAAGGAGCCAGCGUCCCGCAAAGAGCCGUGUGAAGAGUUUCACUCCAGAAACGAGGCAUCGCCACCAGCCGACACCUUGGAAAUGAUUUGUUGGCACGAUGAGUAAAACUCCCUUUUGAAUAUUAUUGAAGUUAUUCACCAUCUUCAGCCAUUCAGCUGAACAUGGGGACGCUCUGGAGGAUGUAAUCAUCCGAGCUUUUCCAACGACGAUUACCACGAGGCCAUAUUUUGUUUUCAAAAGGGACACGGGUGGCGUUUUGGACUGAAAGCCCUGGUAUGUGGCGGCGCUGAGCGGACCUGCAGCUGCGCUCUGUAAUAACAGAUGGUUAUCGCUGUUUCCUCUGAUCUGUAAACUGCCUCACUGUAAAAAAAAAAAAAAAAAGAGGAAGAAAUCCCUCCUGUCUGCGGUGGAUACCUGCCACCAUCACCUGGUCUGAGCAGCUGCUCCGUGCACGACCCUGCUGCUGCAGCCGAGGUCAAAGGUCAGCCGUUUCCCUUUGCUCAGUCUUAACUGGUUUGUUUUCGUGGGUUUCCUCAGUAGUUAACCAACCGGCCAAUCAGCGGAGAGAGACGAAGGUCAGUCUGAUUGAGCCCGGGUCUCUCUCUCUGGUAUCUUUCCAGAGGACUCGCUCAGAGUCCAGACGAAGCGUCGGGCGGCGUGAGAGCACGACAAAACAGACGAGAGGGAAAAGAGAGGAGGAAGGUGCUGUGAGCCGGGUCGGGCUCUCGCUGGUUUCUGUGGUUUUGUAUGUUUGAGGUGGAUUAGUAUGUUAAAGUUGAUGAAUGUUGGUCGGGUUCCAGAGAGACGUUCGGUGGUCUGGUCAACUUUUUUUUUUUUUUGUAUUUUUCUUCUUUUUUUCUCCGCCAGCCGAGAGCUGAUGGAUUCUUCCUCCGGCUGGUUCAGAAACGUUGAAAGCGGCGGCGCUCUUCUUCUCUUACAGCUCUGAUAGAUUUGAUCUGUAGAAAACUGAGGACGUCUGGUGAUUUUCAACCAUCCGCGGAGAGCGAUGGCUGAAAAAGUCGUUUCAGUGUCCUGAUGGUUGGACUUGUGGAGUUUGCAAUCCACCGUCAGGAGGAAGAGGUGUUAGCUGGAUUGUGUGCCAAUGUUUUGAAGAAGGAAUGAUGAAAUGAUACCAGAGCAGCAUGAAUUUAAUGAAAAAUCCCUUUGAUUGUAUUGCUGGAUGGAGGGGGGUUUUAUCUGCUAUAUAGAAAUAAUUCAUUAUUGCAUUUAAUCUAACAUCACAAGCUUGUAAUUCUAUUGAUCAUGAAGCGUGCACACCUGCAGCACCCAACAUCUUACCUUUAAAAUGCAGAUUCUUUUUCUUGUGAUUUAAUACGAGCUGUUGAAAAACAUGCAUUACUUAUGAAUACAUUGCAUGACGCCUAGAGUAAUAUCUGGUAGUGCACAGCUGGAAAUUUAUGCAGCAAAAACUUCCAUCCAAACAAGUUCUUGAGUCUCUAAACCGGAUUUUUUUUUUUUUUUUUUUCUCCAAAUGAAUGAAAAAAAAAAAAUCUGCCACAUAUCAGCCGUGGGAGAAUUUCACUUUUUUCUUUGUACUUUGAACUUUGGAGACAUCAGGAGACUUUGGGAAACGUUGAAAUGAGUUGAAUUUCAAACGGAAAACAAGUGAAAUGAUCUGAACCCGUCUGCAGCUUUUACUUUUUUCAUUUGUUUGGAGAGAAAAAAAAAAAAAAAAAGAUCCUGGCACUGAAUUCCAGAUGAAAAGACUUGUUUAGAUGUAGCUGGAACACAAUAUCAUUUCCUCUAUGAAUGUGUCAUUAUAGCAGCAUAUCAUAUAUAUAUAAUUAUUUUUGUAAAGAUUCUGCGUCGUGUGUCGUCGACUUGUUGCCUGGUAGAGAUUGGGAGAUUCUUCUUGUCUGUCACGUUUUAACAAAGUGAAGGAGAGUGCUGGGUUCUUGUUGGUUUUUUUUUUUUAGGAUUUUUCUUUUUUUUUUCUUUGACACGUCGUCAGAGUUCAGGGUUUUAGGGGCUCGUUCACUUCAUAUCAGCGCUGGUACACACAAACUCCAGGAGAACGCUCUGAUUUAUAAAAGUGUUGGACCUGAUCCUCGAUUCCACUGUGUCGUCAUUUCAAAUUCAGUGACAAAAAACGAAUAAAAAUUAUUUAUAUAGCCUCCGUAAAUGAUAGAAUUUAUUUUUUUGCAUAUGAAACAAGCAAAGUCAAUCAAUGCAACUUACAGACUUUGGCAUCAGGAUUCGAUUUGGGGGAAAAGAGUUUGAGCCGAAGACGCUUUUGCGGGCACUCGAGACAGAGACGAUCCUUCAGACUCUCAGGUCCAGAUUCACCGCCGCCUCGGCCACGUGGGGGAUUUGCUCGUUCAUGUGCCGCCUGAGCUGAGAGCGCAGAGUUUUGUCGGCGCAAAACCUCCCCGGGGGCGCAGUGUGCAACAAAAUAAAUCCAUGAGCGAGUCUGCGCCGUUCAGAAACCUGCACAAAUCCACACCUUCAGACUAAAGCCGGAGAAUGAGAAGACUCCAACACUCAGAUUAUUGACAUUAAACGUCUGUAAAUCUGUAAAUCUAGAUCAACUGGACUUUCCUGGCUGAUGCUGCACAAUGUCACAGAUUGGACAUGAAAAAUUUGUGAUUCAAGGGUUCGCUUUAUGGACCUUUUUGGUUCAAGGGCCGAAAUCCAAGCUUAAAGUUUCUAUACCAGUUUGUUCAAAACACAUUCAGUUAUGAUACAUCUCCUUUGCAAAUUCAUUGUUUAAUGAAUUGAUUAAUUAUUGCUACUGCAUGUAUUCAGAGCUCAGCAGCUGUAUGUGACGCUGCACCUCAAGUCGCCUCUCACCUUGUUCCCAAGUCGUAUUUUUAAAUCCACAGUCUGGCACACAAACGGUCCUCAGUUCAGUUUUAACAAAAUGAGCAGAACUCGGUGAAAACUGCGCACGGUGCCUGUAGUUUUCCCACAAUGCUUCACUGCACUCUCAGGGGGAAAGUCCAGAGACCUGCCUCGUGAACACCACAACGUAAAAACAGUCAAAACGAAGCUGCUGUCCUCGUUUUGAAUGCGUCUGCGUUGCUGUUCGGUUGGUACAUAUAUAGAUUUGUAAACCAGGCCCAGAUCGGCUCACGGGUUCAUUGUUUUGACGAUGUGAGCUCAGGGUCGCCGUGUGGAUCUGCACUCAAACAAUCCUCUACACGCACCUCAGCCCCAUACUGCUGCUACACGGCCUAAUCAAGACUCAUCGCCUGUGGUUUCCAUAAGAAUUAUUUUUUGAACCACGUCUCCUCUCUGCUCGCCGUGGUGAUGAAGCUGCUCGCGGCACAGAGCGGCGGUGAAUCUGGAGGAGAGUCUCUGAGCCUCUGAGCGUCCGACGUCUCUCAAACUGAACCUUUUCCUUCCUCCGUGCUGAGCCGACUUAUGAGCUUAAAUUAGUGUAUAUUAUUAUCAAUAUGUACAAAGGGGAUUAAAGCCAACUGAGGCUGCAGGAAUCUGUGAAUCAAUCGUCUCUGCAACUUCUGAUUUGAUAAAUAGUGAAUAAUACACAUUGAGAUACAGCUUAUAAGAGUUUUAGCGAUUAAUCUGAUUACUGAAUUGAAUAUCCAGCAGUGGCUAGAGGGGUUUUAUAGUGAAUAUGAGGCAAAAUAAAUGCUGAAUGAUUCUGUUACAAUAAUUAAAAAGAAUGAAAUUGUACUUGCACUUUGAUCACGAUGUACCUGCAGAUCUGACUCAGCUCUGGCGUUCAGUUCAGCCGUCGGCACCGAUGGAUCAUUAGGGGAUUUUUCCUUCCAGUGUUCAGGGUUUUGGCGGGUACUGUGAUGUUUUCUUAAAGAACAAAAUCUGUAAAACUCUGAAAAUGUCCCUCGUAACGUUGUCUUUUAAUGCCCGCAGUCUGAUUUUUCUGAAGACAAGUGAAAACAAUCUGCCAAUGAGGUGAGAUCGUUUCACUUUUUAACGAUCAACAGCUUUCUUGAAUAAAGCGGCAGAAUCUUCCUACAAGUGAUCGGCCUUAUUUCAAGAUGCUGUCUCUGGAUUCAAGGAGGUUCUUGAGGGGAAAAAAAGCGAUUGUUCACCCGAUUUUCACUUGUGUUAAGAAAAAUGUGACUGUGAGCCCGAGCGCAGGACUAAAGAACUUUUUCAGAUGAACAUUUUCUGGCGGCGUCUCGCGUGAGCGCCGCACCAAAGGGACCACAACAAGGAACUGGGCUGAUCCGACCGUCUCGUUCAUGUUUGUGAUGCAGCUGUUAGUAUUUCUGUGCCUGUUUCUAUUAGAGAUGCAAAGGUCUAUCGUCUGUGUUCAGCCGUCACAAUCAGAGACUUUAACGUUGUGUUAUUUUUUUCAAAACUGCUCAACCGCUGCAGCUUGGCUUAUUUCAAACAACACACACUGAUGAUUCAGAAACCACUCGACGGCGCCGAGGCUCGGCUCUCACUGCGGGUUCAGGAGGCGCUUCAGCUUUCAGAGGUUCAAUAAAGACUCCGCGUGUCUAAACGUCCUUCACUUUCUAGCUGCUGAUAUUAAACCUCAAUUUGUUAAUGAACUGAUGAAUUGUAUUUAAGAGUGUGCAGCCACUCCUUUAUAUUGUUCAUUCAGAGAGGAUCAGGACAGUAAGUUGAAUUUGAAACCAAUAAAAUGUCACAGGUGAGUGGAACCUCACAAUUCCAGUUUUGCUAAUUUUCAUUUUCACUUUGAGAAGCUCCUCUAGAAAACUCCAACAUAUUUUUGGGUUCAAAAUAAUCUCAAAACCUCAAAAUAACUGAAAAAUGUAUGAUUCAAAUUCUGAAAACAUCGUCGUCUUUGUUUCUGAAUAAUUGACAUUUUAAGGACGAAUUUAUACCUUUAGUGAACCAGCCUGAAAGCCUUCCUGAAAUCUUCGAGGUGAAUGCUGAUUGGCUAAAUAGCUUCCUGGAACCGCAGAGGGGGCGGAGUCUCGGCGCUCUUUGUGACAAAGCCUCUAUUCGAUAGUGAACUGUGCAUCAAAAUUAAUGUAUGAGACUAAAAUAAACUUGUUUCUAUCAAAUCCA